AUGCUCAAAAUUGAUCUUAUUAAAGUUUUUGAAGCGUUUUUUACUCAAAUUACCGAUAUAGCAAAUAUCUAUGAUAAACUUUGGGUCAUCCAUAACAAUAAAGUUUAUGACCUGACAGAAUUUGCCCUCGACCACCCAGGUGGUGCUGAAGUACUUUUGGAAUGGGGAGGACGAGAUGUUUCGAAAAUUAUGACCAGCCCCACUUUACACGAACAUACUCAGAGCGCAUAUGAAUUAUUGGCGGAUUUAUGUAUUGGUGAAAUAGUUGACAAUACUGUUACCUCACAAGUUAAGGAUGUAGAUUCUAUAUUCGAUGAACGAACAGUUGAUAAAUUUCAUCCCGAAACAACAGAUAUAAAGUCCGACCUUAAUGAAAAAUUCUUAAAUCUUAAUAAGCCGUUAUUUGCUCAAAUGUUCAAUUGCAAUUUCAGCAAAGAAUUCUAUCUUAAACAAAUUCAUCAACCACGUCAUCUCCCUUAUUCAGCUAAAUUAUUUGCGAAUCCAAUGUUAGAAUUGUUAACAAAAACACCUUGGUAUGCUAUUCCUAUUCUUUGGAUUCCAGCAAUUUCGUAUUAUAUAUAUAUGGCGUCAGGAAGUUUAAGUUCGCGAACCAUUAUCGUAUUAUUCCUCUUCGGUAUUGGAAUUUGGACUUUAUUAGAAUAUACACUUCAUAGAUUUUUAUUUCAUAUUGACACUCUUCUACCCGAUCAUCCUUACGCACUUUCUGUGCAUUUUGCUCUACAUGGUAUUCAUCAUUACUUACCAAUGGAUAGACUUCGUCUUGUAAUGCCACCUAUUCUCGGUUUUUGCAUCGCUUACCCAAUCAUUCAACUUGGAUAUAUGAUUUUUCCCGAAAAUAUUGCAUGUGGUUUGAUUUCUGGUGCAAUAUUUGGUUAUGUAUGUUAUGAUAUGACUCAUUAUCAUCUUCAUCAUGCGCGUCCAUUUACUCAACACCUUAGGGAGAUGAAAUCAUAUCAUUUAGCUCAUCAUUAUAAAAAUUAUGAAGUUGGAUAUGGAAUUACAAGUAAAUUCUGGGAUUCAGUAUUUGAUACAGUUUUAUAUAAAGAUUGA